CCUGACGUUUCACAAUGUGACGUGAUCCUCGGAAAACUCAAAACCACCAUCUCUUCCCCGUUAUCGUUUACGAGGACUUCCAAGGGUCCACUUAUUCGGGGUGGGGGGGCUGAAGCUAUCACUUAACCGAAAACAACCCCUUCCUUUCAGAUAGAAAGAGUCGAAUUCGAACAAGACAACUUCCAUUGUGUUCCCCUCGGGUGUUUUGAGAGAGCCGUCCCGGUCCGCCGUCCCUCUGCAAAGCAGCUUAUGGAUGCGCGGCUUUCCGAGUUGUUUGGCUCAGAAAAUGGACACGACUGCGGCGGCUCUCGGACCGAAGUGAACCCGGUGUAUGGUUGCGGACGCGCUCCCGCCACCAAGCGGGCUUCUGCCAAGAAGAAGAGAGCGAAUGCGCGACACUUUCACAGCUUCAAACCGAGCAACAACGCCCCUUAUCUACCCCCAGAGGUGGAAGAAGGGAAUAUAGAGUACAAGCUGAAACUCGUGGACCCUACGCAAAGCCGAUUUGAGCACCUGGUGACGCAAAUGAAAUGGCGGCUCCAGGAGGGUCGCGGAGAAGCUGUCUAUCAGAUCGGGGUGGAGGAUAACGGCAUGUUGGUGGGACUGUCGGAGGAUGACAUGAGGGCGUCCCUGACCACCCUCCAUAGGAUGGCUGAGAAAGUUGGGGCUGACAUCACCAUCCUUCGACAUGCAGAGGUGGACUACGACACUGAUCAACCCCUUACCAUUGCCGAAGUCCUAAUUCGUAAGGUGCCGGAUGACCAGCAGUUCCUGGACCUGCGAGUGGCCGUAAUCGGUAAUGUGGACUCGGGUAAGUCGACCCUGCUGGGUGUUUUGACGCAAGGCGAGCUCGAUAAUGGGCGGGGAAGAGCGAGACUCAACCUCUUCAGGCACCUCCAUGAAAUCCAGACUGGGCGGACAUCUAGCAUCAGCUUUGAGAUCCUGGGUUUCAAUAGUAAAGGAGAGGUUGUGAACUACAGCGAGUCUCGAACGGCAGAGGAGAUUUGCGAGAGCGCCUCUAAAAUGAUCACGUUCAUCGAUCUGGCGGGUCACCAUAAAUACUUGAAGACCACCAUCUUUGGCCUCACCAGCUACUGCCCUGAUUUCGCCAUGCUUGUUGUCAGCGCAAAUACCGGCAUUGCUGGCACGACACGGGAGCACCUUGGCCUGGCCCUGGCCCUGAAGGUUCCCAUCUUCAUCGUGAUCAGCAAAGUGGACCUGUGCACGCGGGCCACCGUGGAGCGAACGGUGCGGCAGCUGGAGCGAGUCCUCAAGCAGCCGGGCUGCAACAAGGUGCCCAUGGUCGUGGCCAACAAGGACGAUGCCGUUGCCGCCGCUCAGCAGUUUGCCCAGUCGCCCAACAUUACACCCGUUUUCACUGUGUCGAGCGUGUCCGGAGAGAAUCUGGACCUGCUCAAGGUCUUCUUCAACAUCAUCCCUCCGCUCAGCAACAGCAAGGAGCAGGAGGAGCUCAUGCAGCAGCUCACUGAGUUUCAGGUGGAUGAGAUCUACACAGUGCCAGAAGUGGGGACUGUGGUGGGCGGUACUUUGUACAGUGGUAUUUGCCGCGAGGGUGACGAUCUGGUGGUCGGGCCCACAGACUCAGGGCAAUUCCACAAAUUGACCGUCGGGAGCAUCCAGAGGAACCGUUCAGCUUGCCGGGUGCUUCGUGCCGGACAGGCUGCCACGCUGGCACUCGGCAAUUUUGACCGCACGUUGCUGCGAAAGGGGAUGGUGAUGGUGAGUCCAGAGAUGGACCCGACCAUCUGCUGGAUAUUUGAGGCUGAGAUUGUGCUGCUCUUCCACUCCAAGACCUUCCACAAGGGCUUCCAGGUGACCGUGCACAUAGGCAAUGUGAGGCAGACUGCCACUGUGGAAGCCGUCUAUGGCAAGGAGGAGCUGAGGACAGGGGAGAAAGCAGACGUCCAGUUUAAAUUCCUCAAGCAUCCCGAGUACCUGAAGCUGGGGGCCAAGGUGCUCUUCAGGGAGGGUGUCACCAAGGGCAUCGGCCACGUCACCAAGCUGCAUCCCAUUGCGCAAUAUCGCCACGUCCCGGAGAGUGACGAAGAUGAAGAUGACGACUAGAGAGUGAACGCUCCCCCAUCCCA